GGCCUGUCUUGUCCAGAUUCAGGCUUUGUCCGCGGAUGCUUCCAAAUUCUGCCUUCUAGGCCUGGGCCCAGCUGCGCGCACCCUGUGUGCUGUCUGAGGCGUGAAAUCCACCUGAGAAAACGUAUCAGAGAAAACCCUGUGUCUUCAGUAUCAGCAUGGAUUCCUGAGAUUAUUUAGGGAUGGAGACUCUUUAGCAGUGUUACAUGUAUUACCUUCAAUUUAUGAGAUGGCUUCUUUGCAAAGGAAAGGGCUGCAGGCAAGAAUUCUAAGCUCUGAAGAAGAGGAGAAACUGAAAAGAGACCAAGCUUUGGUGUCUGAUUUUAAACAGCAAAAGCUGGAAAAAGAGGCUCAGAAGAACUGGGACCUUUUUUACAGAAGAAAUAGCAUUAAUUUCUUCAAAGAUAGACACUGGACCACCAGAGAGUUUGAGGAGCUAAGAUCAUGUAGGGAGUUUGAAGAUCAAAAGUUGAUAGUGCUUGAAGCUGGCUGUGGGGUUGGAAACUGUUUAUUUCCACUUUUAGAAGAAGAUGUGAAUAUCUUUGCUUAUGCCUGUGAUUUUUCUCCAAGAGCAAUUGAAUAUGUUAAGCAAAAUCCUUUGUAUAACACAGAAAGAUGCAAGGUAUUCCAGUGUGAUCUGACUAAAGAUGACCUCCUGGAUCAUGUUCCACCAGAGUCUGUGGAUGUUGUCUUGUUGAUAUUUGUGCUCUCAGCUGUUCACCCUGAUAAAAUGCACCUUGUCCUACAAAAUGUUUACAAGGUAUUAAAACCUGGCAAAAGCGUCUUGUUUCGUGACUACGGGCUAUAUGAUCAUGCCAUGCUUAGGUUUAAAGCCAGCAGCAAACUUGGAGAAAACUUUUAUGUUAGACAAGAUGGAACCAGAUCAUAUUUUUUUACUGAUGAAUUCCUGGCUCAGCUCUUUAUGGACACAGGUUACGAGGAAGUGGUGAACGAAUAUGUGUUUCGAGAGACGGUGAAUAAAAAAGAAGGCCUGUGUGUGUCGAGAGUUUUCCUUCAGAGCAAAUUUCAAAAGCCUCGAAAGAACCCAAGUACUGUGACCCUGGACCUGGGACACAAGUCCUGACCUUUCAUGAGGUUGACAUUUUUGCCUCCUCUUGAAGAAGAAAGCUUAAAAUCACUCUUUUUACUUUAUAUUUUUGUAUUUUGAUUUUU